ACUGAUCCGACCUCUGAAGGGUAGUGUAUGAUCCCUCGAAGCUUGCCAAACUGAAAGAGUGGUGAAGAAGAUCCAUCGUGGAGGCACUGGAGGUCGUGGAGACGCACCCUCGGGCCAUGUUUCGUCCGUCGAUAAAUAUAGGCACCCACGUGUACCUACCCACUACCUAUGUGCCCACCCACCCACCAAAACGCGGGCCGCGGGGCCGUGUACCCGGCGCCAGGCGCCGCUUGCGGCUUGCAACAACGCCUCCAACAGCACGCACGAUUCCUCUGGCACCAUUCAUCUGCGGCCAGGCCACCCGUUGGCUGCAUCCACGACGCCCUUGCCGCUUCGACCGUGUCAUCGGCUGCACGUUACUGUCCGUCCAUCCCACGCGCAUCCUUGCCUCCGUUGCCGAAUUCACCCAACCACUGGUCGUCCCGCAUAAGCCUCGCUUUCAAUGCGCUUGCAGCCGAGGGCGGGUCCAAUUGGACUUCUCGAAGCCAAGACGCGGCAUGGCACUCUACCAGCCAUUGCACCCCACCCCACCCUUCAACCCAGCCUAACCGCAAUGCGCCGGCUCGCAAGAUAGCUGCAAUGGACUCCAUCUAGGCACACAGGAUCGUCGUCCCCGCACUGUUGGUAAUUUGCCACGAUCGCGAAACCCAACAGAGCCGGAACGUCUGGUCAUGGGGAUGAUGAUCGAAGGAACACUGUCGGGUGACGGAUGGGCUGCAAAUGCGGUAUGUCGUACGAUGUAGCGAAUGUGGUAUACUGUUGAGGAG